UGGGUAACGCGGCCCUGGAUGGCACCUUGCGGUUGGCCGGCGAGUUAGCUUGGAACCCGGCUUCUGGGGCGCAUCAGCAGAAACAAUGCCAGGGCCUUCCGCUGUGUUUUGGAUGAUAUGGUAGCACAGCUUCAAAAUCCCUCAACAUCCUGGUCCCCACUGCUGUCCUGUCCACCACCAAGCCGAAAGCAUUCUGGAGAAAGGAGCAUUGACCUUCCUUUCAUCAGGUCAGAGAUGCCUCUCUUUGGUAAUACAUUCAGUCCAAAGAAGACGCCCCCUCGGAAGUCGGCUUCUCUCUCCAACCUGCAUAAUCUGGAUCGAUCAACCCGGGAGGUGGAGCUGGGUCUUGACUACGGAACCCCCACCAUGAACCUGGCGGGGCAAAGCCUGAAGUUUGAAAACGGCCAGUGGAUAGCAGAAACAGGGAUUAGUGGGGGUGUGGACCGGAGGGAGGCUCAGCGCCUCCGGAGACGGAACCAGCAGUUGGAGGAAGAAAACAAUCUCUUGCGGCUGAAGGUGGACAUCCUGCUGGACAUGCUUUCUGAGACCACUGCCGAAUCCCACUUAAUGGAGAAGGAAUUGGAUGAACUGAGGAGUGUCAGCCGGCGGAGAAAAUGAAGACCCCAAAGACAUCUGUUAGGAGAACGGGGGAAACCCAUUGAUCAGAAGAAGAGGACGUGGCUGAGGGAUUUAUUUUAGUCAAACUAGUAAAUUAGGUCCUGGGAGAGAGUAUCAUAUAAUGGGGCCAAAAGGCACUGCCCACCUUGGGUUGGCAGUAGGAAGGUGACAGCAUUCCAGAGGAAACCAGGAUUCCAGGCCAGUCCAGUGCUUCACGGCACAGGGAGGUCUGGGGUGAUGGGAAGCCUUUGGGUACUCUCCUGGCACUUAACAUACACACGCACGUGGCCCAGGCUCACCCUCAUUGGACAGACUCUGCUGGGAGAAGCAGGAGUUUAUCAUAUCCCCCCUCACAUUGGUGUUUGGGGUGUGUCACCAGUUGUACGGAGCCUGCUGCAAGGGGGUCUCAGAUAAGAGGCUCUCCUGGUUGUCUGCCCUUCAGGCCACUCCCUCCCUCCUGUGAAGAAUACUGUUCCCGGAAUCCACAACCUCCUCUGGCUUCAGCGUCUUAGCAGCAAGCACCAUCCUUCCACAGCAACACUAUAUUUUUGUGCUACUUUCCUGUUUACCCUACUUUUUUAAAUUAAAUGAUAUUAUAUAAUCUCUCUCUGGCCAA